GUAGGGCCGCAUCCCCCGUAAUAAAAUGAAUUCUGAUUCGAGCUCUGUCUCCAGCAGAGCUUCAUCGCCGGACAUGGAUGAGAUGUAUCUGAGGGAACACCACCACCGCCACCACCACCACCAGGAGAGCCGUCUCAACUCGGUCUCUUCCACGCAGGGCGACAUGGUGCAAAAGAUGCCUGGAGAAAGCCUCUCGCGGGCCGGCGCCAAGGCCACGGGCGAGAGCAGCAAGUACAAAAUCAAGAAGCAGCUGUCGGAGCAGGACCUACAGCAGUUACGGCUGAAGAUCAACGGCCGCGAACGCAAGAGGAUGCACGACCUAAACCUAGCCAUGGACGGGCUGCGCGAGGUCAUGCCCUACGCGCACGGGCCCUCGGUGCGCAAGCUCUCCAAGAUCGCCACUCUUCUGCUGGCCAGAAACUACAUCCUCAUGCUCACCAGCUCCCUGGAGGAGAUGAAGAGGUUGGUUGGCGAGAUCUACGGGGGCCACCACUCUGCCUUCCACUGUGGGACCGUGGGCCACUCCGCCGGCCACCCAGCACACGCCGCCAACGCCGUGCACGCUGUGCACCCCAUCCUGGGCGGCGCGCUCUCGUCCGGCAACGCUUCGUCCCCGCUGUCCGCCGCCUCGCUGCCGGCCAUCGGCACGAUUCGACCUCCCCACUCGCUGCUCAAGGCGCCCUCCACGCCGCCCGCGCUGCAGCUGGGCAGCGGCUUCCAGCACUGGGCCGGGCUGCCCUGCCCCUGCACCAUCUGCCAGAUGCCGCCGCCGCCGCACCUUUCGGCUCUCUCCACCGCCAACAUGGCUCGGCUGUCGGCCGAGUCCAAGGACUUGCUCAAGUGA